AUGGAGUGUGAGCAGCAAGGGGCAGCAGUGGCAGCCACUGGAAAGGGUACUGCUGAGAUGGGUGCUGCUGCGAGGGGUGCUGCUGCAAGUGCGACCACUGGGGGCAACAUGGGAGGAGCAGCGCCUUGCACCCAUCUUCUCCACCCGCCUGCUGCCCUCCCGCCGCCCCUCGUUCCUCCUCCAGCUGCUCCCGCGUUCUCACCAAGGGACCCUCCCCAGCAAGCGAGGACAGCAAGUUCCCCUCGCCUAGCCAGCCCUCACCCUUACUACUUCGAUUUGAACAUCAUCGCUGCUCCUCCCAUACCUUCUUGUCUCCUCCUCCCUGCCUGUCAUCCUGCAGUCAAACACAGCAUGGCACGGGAGUGGCAGCAGCAGCAAUAUCAGCAAGGGACAACUAGCACGGGCGAAUCAACUGAGCCCUUUUCCUGCGGUGCGUUCCUUGUCCCCCUCCUGUCCUUCUCCUCAGAGCUCUAUGUGCCAUCCACUCUCGCUCCCUUCCCCUCUGCUUCUUCUCGACGCCUUCUCUCCUCUCAUACCCUCUUGCGCCGCUGUCUGACAAGCAGGCACGUCAAUGGUGGCAUGGGAGGGAUCACAGGCGAGGUCAAGUCAUUCGACUUCUUCUUAUGGAUUGGACUGGCAUUUCCCCACAUCCUCUCUCUCCCCCUCGCUGCGGUGCCCCUCCCCAUUCCUCCCUCUGCGACCCACCUCCCCCUGCAUCCCACCUCCCUCUGCGACCUACCAACCCAUGUAACGCACCAGCAACCCCCUGCGUAG